AUGUCUUCCGACGACGAGCACUACGACGACUACAACGACGGCUACGAUGACGACGAGCAUGAUGAGGAGGAGCCUGAGAUCGAGGAGAAGCCUGUGAAGGUCAAGAAGCAGCGCCGUGCCCGCCGCAAGAAGGACCCCAACAAACCUCGUGGCGCCCUCACGCCAUACAUGUGCUUCAACAAGGAGGUUCGCCCCGCCAUUAUGCAGCAGCAUCCAAACGCCAGCGUCACAGAGGUUGCCAAGCUCAUCGGUGCCCAGUGGCGCCAGCUCACAGACGAACAGAAGAAGCCAUACAACGACAUGGCCCGCACUGACCGCGAGCGCUACAAGGAGGCCAUGAAGAACUACGUCCCCACUCCCGGCUUCGAGGAGGGUGGCCGGCGCCGCAAGAAGAAGAAGGACCCCAACGCGCCCAAGAAGCCCAAGUCGGCGUACUUUGUGUUUGCAGAAACGCGCCGCGACGCCCUGCGCGCCCAGUACCCGGAGGACCGCGUGAGUGACACAGCCAAGCGCACCGGCGAGGAGUGGCGCGGCAUGACGGAGGAGCAGAAGAGGCCCUUCCAGCUCAAGGCGCAGGAGCUCAAGCAGGAGUACGACCAGGCCGUCGCCGAGUACAAGGCCUCCCUGGAGUAG